GCAAUUCUGAAGAGCAAAGAAGGCUACGCAGACUUUCUUUCGCGGUACUGCAUCGCAGCGACUGGCGGAGGUGCGAAAUUUGAAGGCAGUUACGUGUGUGCGGACAGACGCUUUCGUGCUUCGUACAGUCUCUACGAGGGGUCCCACGGGGGCGCUGAGGUGAGCGACGUCCUCUCUGCGGCUGUGUUCGGUAGCAUCGCGAACCCCCUGCAAGACACGAGUAUGCUCGCGGAGGCCUUGCACUUCAUGCGGGAUCAGAUUGGGGUUAACAUUUCUAAUCACGAGCACGGAACUGCAGGGCCUCAAUUUGCUAUCAAGUUUAUAGGCAUCGCUGGCAUUCCUGGCGCUGGGAAGUCUACGCUAGCAUCCAUGAUUCAGACCGCCUUGGGCGGCGCAGAGGUCGUGGCAAUUCUUCCGAUGGACGGCUGGCACAUCCCACUGGCCAAAUUACGAGAGAGCCAAGGUGAGCGCGGUGUGUAUUGGCGAGGUGCGCCAGAAACCUUCGACGAGUCUGGCUUCGUGAAACGUCUGUCGGAAAUCCGAAAGACUACUUGCUUGUUGACAAAAAGCGACAAAAUGAAAAUUGCAGAUAAUCAAGUGGAGAAGGUGGACUGCUCGGACUUGGACUCGGCAGAGCAAGGCUUCUUGUGGCCAAGUUUUGAUCACGCCAUUGGUGAUCCUGACUUCAAUGCGAGGGUGAAGAUAUCACCGCAACAGGGGACGCGCCUCGUUCUCGUCGAAGGCUUGUACGUCCUCCACUUUGCAGAGGCAGUAGAGCACUUAGACGGGGCCAUUGCGCUUCAUCGGCGCCUCUCGAUUGAUGAGGCAGUUGAGCGCCUAAAAGAGCGCAACAAGUGCAUUCCUGGCUAUUCCCCACAAGAAAUUGAGAGGCGUUGUGACGACGUGGACCGUGGAAAUGCUCAAAUUGCGCUGAAGUCAAUCGAUCACGCACUUCUAGAAUCCUCAUCAAAUCAGAACAAGAAUAUUAAGCUGCCGAUCCUUGCACUCUAAGCAUCCGCAUGCCGAACCGCAUGUUAAAUGUUUCGUUCGAAUCACUCUGAUUUCAUUAGAUAGUCGACUCUUCUGUCGCUGACCUUGACGACCCGAGGCUGUGGCGGCACAUGAAUGAUGGCUCUUCAAUCAUAAACAGCGAUCAUCUGCGUGUUUCCGAAUAACAAAAAUUAAGAUUAGUUCUGUAUUUGAGAAUGUUAAUCAUGUUCCGAUGUCGGUUGAUCAUCCCUAUAUUUCUCUAUUUUCCGCUUGGAAUGAAUGGUAUAAAUCCAGAAUGACUUUUGUAAUAAAUUAAACGGAGGUGGAGCGAGCCAACUGCUUUCUCGAUGGAAUCCGUAUGGAUGGUAGUUUUUAGACCAUGUAAAAAGGCACAGCGUUUCAGACAUAAUGAAUGUGUGGGCCCCUCUUCUGCGGUAUCAUGGGCAAGAAGAAAAAUUAGUGACAAUCGCCCUCAGGCAAGUUCAAAGAAAGAUGCUCCUGUGGUCAACGAUCAACUGGGUUUGGAUGCAUUUUUUAGAUCCAUGGCAUGAAGGCGUAGGAGGUUUUAGGAUCAACACCAGCGUUUCACAGGCCUUGUUGAUUUAGGCAAUGACUUGCUACUUCUACUAACUUCAAAUAAUGUAACUGAGACGUCUAGUUGUCUUUGUCAAGUAGGCUUCAGGAAACUACCUGUAAAUUUGGAGUAACUAAUGCCGAAAAACUCGCAGCAGCAUGAUUAUACAUAGGAAAGUCGAAAACUCACGAAGUGUUUUAGGGUUCUCUUUGCAAGCAGUAGCGAAAAAUCAAACAAAAAGCCGCAAAAAAUACAACUAAUGAAUCCUUGACGUCUCGGGAAGAAUUCUAUUGCAUUGCAAACGUAGCCUCUCUGAUUUCAUCUCGUCUAUGAAUGUGGUUAU